AGCCGCUGCGCGGCGCAGCCGAUGCUCCGCGCGUAACCGCCUCCGGCAGCCGCGCUCGGGGGCGUCCGGCGCCGCCGUCUCGGGGACCCCCUGCUCACCGGCGGAGGCGGCCCCAUGGCGUUCAGCGCCUGGCAGAUCCUCUCGCCGGUGCAGUGGGCCAAGUGGACGUGGUCCGCGGUGCGCGGUGGGGCCGCUGCUGGAGGUGAGGAUGGUGGGGGAGAGCGAGAAGGAGAGGACGACUCGCAGGCAGAGACCAAAUCCCUGGGUUUCAGCUCGGACUCAGAAGGUUAUUUUGAGACCCCCGAAACAGAAACACCGAUCCGCUCACCACUAAAGGAGUUCUGCGAGCCAUCGCCGGGACCACGAGAUCCGGAGGCCAGCACCCGAGAGCUAAGUGGCCAGGACGACCCGCGGGGAGGGGAAGGCUGCCGGGAGACGUCGCCCGAGAAGCGCCCCGAAGAUGAGGCUCGGCCGCCGUGCGGAUCCCCUCGAGGACAGCGCGCGGAUGCGGCGGCGAGCGGCCCCGCGGCCGGCGAGCAGCCGGCCCUGACGCGGCCGCCGGGCACCGCCGCGGCUCCCCGGGGAGGCGCCGAGGCCGGCGCUGUGGCCGUGCCCGCCGCCGAGCCGGCUGAUGCGCCCGGAGCCGCCCGGGAGCGCGGCAUGUCGGGGGAGGGCGGCGCGGACGCGUGCGCCCAGCGCUCCUCGCCCGGCCGCAGCAAGCUCAGGAGGGAGCAGCCGCCUGCCCCCGGGCAGAGAACGGGCGAAAACGCAGAGGCUGCCGCAGCCGGAGAGCAGAGCCCGCUCGCCGAGGCCGCCCUCGGUCCCGCGGCGCGCGACGAGAGCACGAGCCCCUCCGUGCUGGGCGGCCCCGCGGUGCAGAGCUCCCCGCCGGCAGCCGAACGUCCCGGCACGGAGCCGGCCCCGCCGAGCACCGCGCCGGCUCAGCCACCGGAGCCCGAUGCCGCAGAGGGGGCCGAGAGUGCCGAGGCCAGGAAGGCUGCGCCGAGGAAGGGCAGCCGGAUCCCGGCCAGCAAGCUGACGCCCAAAAGGCAGAGGGAGCCGGCGAAGAAACCCGCCGAGGACGCGGAGAGGGCUCCCGGUGGCUCCUCCGGCAUGGACCCCAGCCAGUGGGACAACCCGGAUUUCAACCCCUUCAGCAGCAGCUCCGCGCUGCAGAACUCGCCGACGCUCCCCAAGGCUUCUUGCCGCUUCAACCCCGAUCGCCUGGACUCUGCGGACCCCUUUAAGCCCACCAGCACCACCGCCAGCUCCUGCCCGGCCGCCGAGAACAGCCUCAACGAGAUCCUGGAGUCGCAGACACUGGAGGUGCCGGACGAGCUAAUGGAGGGCCGAGACUCCCCGAAGAAGCCCCGGUCGCGCUUGAUAACGAGCGGCUGCAAGGUGAAGCGGUACGAGGCGCAGUCCCUGGUCCUGGACGUCGGCGCUCAGGAUGAAGGAGCGCUGAUCUCGGAAAUCCCCGACGUUGCGAACCGGGAUGGACGCGCCACCGACGAGGAGAAGCUGGCCUCCACCAGCUCCGCGCAGAAAGCGCCCGGGCCGGAGAGGAAGGGGGAGCCGGAGGAUGACCUGGAGUACUUCGAGUGCUCGGCCGUGCCGGCGCCCGCGGCGCGGCUCGGCGCCGAGGCGGGCUUUGAGAAGGAGACCUCCAAGCAGCUGGAGAAGGACGGCCCUGGCCUCCUGCCCGGCAGCCCUGGGCUGUGCUCGGUGGAGAAAGCCCCCGCGCCGGUGGGCAGCGCGGGCGGGCGCGAGAGCCCCCUGGACGGCAUCUGCCUCAGCGAGCCGGAGAAGGCGGCGGUGCUCACGCUCAUCCGGGAGGAGAUCAUCGCCAAGGAGAUAGAAGCGAACGAGUGGAAGAAGAAAUACGAGGAGAGCCGGCAGGAGGUCCUGGAGAUGAGGAAAAUCGUGGCCGAGUAUGAGAAGACCAUUGCCCAGAUGAUAGAGGAUGAGCAGAGGACAAACAUGACGUCUCAGAAGAACCUCCAGCAGCUCACGAUGGAGAAGGACCAGGCCCUGGCAGACUUAAACUCUGUGGAGAGGUCCCUGUCGGACCUCUUUAGGAGAUAUGAAAACCUGAAGGGCGUCCUGGAAGGCUUCAAGAAGAAUGAAGAAGCUUUGAAAAAGUGUGCUCAAGAUUAUUUAGCCCGGGUCAAGCAAGAAGAGCAGCGAUAUCAGGCCCUGAAAGUCCAUGCAGAAGAAAAGUUAGACAGAGCCAACGAGGAGAUCGCCCAGGUGCGCACAAAGGCGAAAGCUGAGAGCGCGGCGCUGCACGCUGGCCUCCGCAAAGAGCAGAUGAAGGUGGAGUCCCUGGAGAGAGCCCUCCAGCAGAAGAACCAGGAGAUUGAGGAGCUGACCAAGAUCUGCGAUGAGCUGAUAGCGAAGCUGGGAAGGACAGACUGAGUCUCACCACCCCUCGUCCAGCACUGUGCACUUGGCCGCUUUUCUUGUACCUUCAAGCACCUUGCCUUAUUACCCAGGAUAACCCCCCUUAGCAGAGAAGCACAUGCGUGCAGCUGCCUCCCGCUUGGCUGCCGGACUCCGCAGCCUCACCUCCAACACGGUCCUCGCGAUGUCCUAGUCUCCGGUUAUUUCCUAGGCUCGAGAGCCUCAACGGGUGCCAGGGCUUGGCUCAGUUCUCUGCAGCCAGGCAGGAUGCAUGUGCUCCCCUUGGGGCCAGCCAGCUCCCUGGCCAGCCGUGCGGUCCAUCUGCACUGUCCCCAGCGGUGCGGUGGCUUCCAGGGCUCUGGCACCCCGGGUGUGGGAGCAGGCUCCAGCUGUGCUCGCACGAGAUCUGCCACUGAUUUUCUUUUCUCAUUAGAUGGAUCUGACAGCGCGGUGGGUCUUGCCCUGAGAUGUGGGCAAGGUCCCAGGCGCAGUGGCGGGUCUCGUGCAGGUUGAGCGGAGCACGGGUGAAGUGGCUUGGCAGUAGAUAGGUUUGGGGGAGGGGGUAGUUUUCAUGGGGAUGACCCAUGCCUCUUGUACACCGGUGAAACACGGCACAGCACAUCCUGAUCCCUAGCCGUGCUGGCCUCUAGGGAAGGAAGCUCACGUCCCUCCGCGUUCGUGCACUUUAUUAGCAUUGCACUCGGGCUCUCCGCUGACCUCUUCCAAUCCAGCACAGUCCUCCUGCACAUCCCAUUGCCCAAGGGAGCACAGAGAUGGCUGCUCGGCCGUGGUCACUUCAAGCCUUCUCGAAGAGAGCACAGCUGAGUGCUGGAGACCUCUGCAGCCGGGGGUAGUUUGCUCAGAGAAAUGGGGAAGAUCUCGGUUCUGGAGAGCUGGGACCCGUCCUUCCUCCCUGCGGCUGUUCUGCUGUUCACCCCAGCACUUCCUGACACUUGUUAUGUGGGUUUCUAGUCUGCUUUAAAACAUGUAAAGCCAAGCGCGGUGCUGUUGGUCCCACAAGCUGCAGGGAGGUUAGUCCCCCACCAUAGCUGUUGUAGAAGGAAGGAAGCAAACCCUAGACUUCUUCAUGAUUCUGCUGACCUAAAGAUCAUUUUUCCUAACCAGAACAGAAAGGCAAUGAAGAGUGCAAUAACACUCUGGCUCUUGUGCUGCUGUCAGAAAUGCCCAUACAGCAUUGACUGCUAUGAGAAACAAACAAAACCCAGCUUUUACAAGCAAAGCCAGAUCCAGACAGCCAAAAAAUAAUCAGCCUAAAUCUGACUGGAUGCAAAACAAAAUCUGAAUUUCCACGCAGGCUGUAUUUCAAAGACGUUUUCCUUUCUGGCCAUGCCCAGCUCGAGCAGAAUUGCUGAGGUUGCCUUUGUGCUGCAGCGGGACCCGAGGAGCUCUGCAGGGUGACGCGUGUUCGAUGCACGCGUAGGGCCCGGGUGCGUGCCCUCCUGGUGAUGCCGGUGCCGGAGCCAGCCUGCCCGCGCGUCUCGCCGCGUGCGCUGCCGGCCGCCCCGGGUGCUCGGCUCCGGGCUCCCUCGCCGUGCCUGGGAACCGCGCUUUGCAGCACUUCCUCUCAGGGUCAGUGCAAAGCAGUCAGGUCCUCCAGAAAGCAGAUAGAUAGAUCGAAUAAGGCACUAGCUGUAGUGGCAGAGGAUUCUGUAUUAUCACCUUGAAUGGAUAGUGGUAAAGUGUCAAAUAAGGGAAAUCUGCUCUUUUGACUGUUUCCUACCCAGCCUACCUACAACUUCAGCAAACCUUUUUGCUGCUAUCUUUUUGUAACAGAGUCAAGCUGUUUUCCCUCUAUUUUCUAGUUCCCUGUGUUGAGCAUGUAGUGCGAGCAUCUGUUUAAACCAGAGCCAUAUACCUGAUAGAUAUUUUAUUAGUUAUAUUAUGUAUAGAGAGACUUUAUUAUACACCUAGGCAGCGAAGAUGAUGGCAGCCUGCCCUAGCACAUGACAGCUCACGGAUGCGUGGGCAACCUCCUGGUUAACGCGCGGAGGGGCUGUUAGCGGUGCAGAGAGGGAGCAGGCGGCCGAGGCCAUUCGGAGGGGUGGACCUGCCGCUUUCUGCCAAAUAGUCAGUUCCUUGCACAGCUGGUGGAAAAGAAAAACCUUUUCUUUUCUCUUUUUUCUUCCUGCACAUCCUUCUAAUACACUGGUAAAAACAAGCUCUACGAGAUGGUCUGCAAAGGCAGUUCCAGUCCAGGGAAUCAAUGUGCCAACCACAGCCCACUGGAGCAUGACUCCCGUUCCUCCAUUUCACCAGCAUUUGGGACCUCUAGACUAGCAUCAUUUUCUUCUUUACUUAUUCUCACGUGUGUCCAGCUCCAAAAGGGCCUUCCUGGCCUUACUGCGAGCAACCCUCUGUUGGCUGCCGUUAGCCGGGGCUUUUGCAGGGUGAUGGUGACCAUAGUGAGGAGCGACCUCCAGGAGGUGCCGAUCACGGGAUGUGCUGCACUUCGGGACCUUCGGAGGGGCUCUCAAGUUUGAUUAGAAACCUUGAGACUCAUCUUAUCUUGGGGAUUUGGGUUUGUCCCUUUGCAUCUUAUUCAGAAAUUGGAAGGAAAGCAGAAUUGCACAAGUUCCUGAGGCUUGUGAAAAGUUAAUUUGGGGUGGUUUCCAGUUUGGGAAGUUUUGAUUUCACCACUUUCAGCAGCUACCCAGAGUUGUAGCUUGUCUGUUAUGAAGUAAAUCCUGCAGUCUUCCCUCCACUGCGAGAGGAGCAGUGUGAGAGGCAAGGCUGUGUGUGGAGAGCUGCUCCCACAGCAAUAAUCUGCUCUGGCAGCAUCUUCCCACUUCUCCCUGCUCCCUGGUGUCCCGUGGUUGCACUUUCACUGCCUCUGUCAUCCGACCGCUGCUCCGUUUCUGUGCCUGUCAGCAUGCACUUACAAUCUGGGCAAAGAAGAUUCCUAAGGAAUGAUUUAUUAACUAUAAUAUGGUUAUAGUUACAUAUAUAUAAAUAUAUAUAUAAUGGUUAUAGUUAUAUAUAAUAGAAGGCGUCUGUUUGUAACUUUAAAUGGGCAAGACUGUUGCCUCUCGUGUGCUGCUUUCUGGCACGCAGAGCCGGGAGCAGAGCUGCGGCGAGGCCUGGCUCGGUUCCUGCAGCUCCUUCUCUGCGAGGCUACAAAGGCAUGGCUCCAUCUUUUGCUAAUCAACAGCGUUUGGAGAAGAGCGUGAGAGUCCCUGCUGUUCCCAGGUCAGGGAGCCCAUCGCAGUCAUGUUGCAGAGUAAUUUCCUCAAGUGUCUUGGGAACACAGCAGUAUUCACGUGCUUCCCCGUGUUCAAGCCAAGAAGCGUUACCAGUGCAGGGAGCUUUGCAAAUACCCACGCAGUGAGAGCCGAGCGUGGGUGCAUUCGUCUUCUCUUUCUUUCUCUCGCACUAGAAUUUCAAUGUCUGGUUCUAACAGUUGAGGGUGCCUGCCUGGUUAAUGUUGCUAGUUGCACUGUUUGCAAGUGUGCAUUUGCCCGUAGAUCUUGUCUACAGUGAAGUGCCAAUGAGUAAUCAUCCUCACUGCAAAUCCGCUUCCACCCUGUCCUUGCAGAGCGCCCGCCCACAUCGAGGCAGGAGGACUUCAUCUUUGCAUUGACUACUACCAAGAUUGCUUUGUACAAUGUAUGUAACUGCCAUCAACAUAAAUUUUAUACGUACAAUAAUUUCCCUUUUAUAUGUCAGGUAAAUAUUUGUAAGAGUUAUACUCACACAAAUGAGAUUAUUAUAAUGAUUACUAAUAUAUUUUUUCCAUGUUUCAUUGCCUGAAUAAAAAUUGUGUUUACCACUCUUGAAA